AUGAGCUUCGCAGCAACCGACGACGGCCAGGAAAUCUAUUUCCGAUCCCACGGCACCACAGGUCCCAUCAUCGUCUUCGUAUCGGGUUAUUUCGGUGUCGACACCAUCUGGCAAUCCUUGAUCGUGAAUUUGCACACACAGUACCGCUGUAUCUCCUACGACAACCGGGGGUACGGGCGCUCCUCCAAGCCUACGUCUCCCGACAGCUAUUCCAUCCUUCGUCAUGCCGCUGACCUGCACGAAGUCCUACAAGCAUGUGACGUCACCGAUAGGGUUGUGCUCGUAACCCAUUCUAUGGGCUGCAACAUCGCCGCAGCAUACUACCUCGCCCAUCCGGACCGUGUCGCCGGCAUUAUCUGCUCGGCGGGUUAUUAUGACGGUGAACGUGUGAAGAAGUUUCUGUCUCAGGAGAUUCUCAUCUCUGGUGUGGAAAGUCCGAGCCAAUGCGUCUUCUUUUACACCAGUAUGGGGCUGGACAAAGUCACGGCCCUGGAAGCAGCAAAAUGGCCCGCUCAUGGUCGUCGGAAUAAUGCCAAUGCGCUCCUGAGCUUUGCAAUGGGCGAUAAGUAUGCCAUGAUCAAGGUUCCUGCUCUGAUGGUGGUCGGGGAGAAGGAUUCGGCUGUUCUGGAAGAAUUGAUCACUCCAAUUCUGCGGGAGAUGCCGUCCUGCAAGCUAGAGGUGCUCAAGGAUGUUCGGCAUUUUCCACCAACCGAGGCCCCCCGGGAGAUGGAACGAUUGAUACGGGGAUUCAUGGGAAGUUUGUUGUCUACCUGA